AUGAUAUACACAAUCUGUAAGCGCAGCGAUGACAUACUUCUCGUGAUGAAAGUGGGAUGUCAGUUAAGCGUUAGCGCGCAAAUUCCAUUGCAGAUGUUACUCUUUGCAAUGCAGAACAAACGUUUACAGAGUAUUACUUCGAUAAUGGAAGAUUAUUACCGUCAAGCAUUAAAGUAUGAAAGAGAAAUUUUUCAAAAAUAUAUUGACAAAUGCAAACUGCUGUAUGGUGGCAUUCUAAGCUGGCUGAUGAUGACAGGUAUCAGUGUGGCGAUAGGACCCUUGUUCCUGCCGCAACCGUUUCCGGGUGAGGCAGAAUAUCCAUUUGACGCGCAAUAUCAACCCGUAAAAAGCAUCAUUUACGCGCAUCAUCUAUUGCUCAUUUAUCAGAGCGUGACGCAAGUGGGCGCCAAUACCUUCGCUGCACUUUUACUUUGGUUUGUAGCUGCCAGAUUUGACAUUCUGUCCGUCCGAAUUCGCAUGAUAACGAAUAUAAAGCAGCUGGUAAAAUGCACGCACGAACACAAUAUGUUACUCAGAUUUGCAAAAGAAGUGACGUACGCAAUUCGUUAUGUAGCAUUAUUAUGCGUAACUUUUAGUACCGGUGGUGUAAUAUUUGGUUGUCUAACUUUUAUGAGUCGUCAGCCAUGGUCAGUAAAAUGGACGUUCCUUAUGAUAGCUUUCUGCUCUUUUGUGGAACUCUAUAUGUUUGCUUGGCCAGCUGAUAAUGUAAUAAAUACGAGUAAUGACGUUGCAUCCGCUGCCUAUGAUUCAUUAUGGUACAAUAAUAACGUAGCCAUGCAGAAAAUUUUAAUUUAUGUCAUACUGAGGAGUCAACGUUCAGUCACUAUUUCCAUUCCACUCGCGUUACCGAAUUUAUCCAUGAAUUAUUACGCGUCGUAUAUUUCAACAGUUUUUUCGUACAUGGCAUUUGUGCGUAUUAUAAUGGGUGAAGAGUAAAAAGAAGAAUUAGAUUAAAAGAUAAAAAAACUAUUAUUUUCGUAAAACGGAACUGUAUAGUUGUAAUAAAAAAGCGGGAAAAGAAACCUGCUAUCUCAUUUCUAUCUUUCUACGAGAU